AUGUAUACGAGGUUGGAACACGUAUUAUAUAGAGUCAAUUAUAUUUUAUUGACGCUUUGUCUGGUGGGCUUAAUCCAAUGCCAAGACUACGAUCAAGACGAUUUGGGUAGACGUCUUCAUCGACGUCCGAGACCCAAUUACCAAAAUCAAGGACCGUGCGGGCGGGAUGCGAACGGAGAAGGCCGUUUCUUCAACCUGCAGUACGUCAACCUGAAUUACAACUACAAUUGCGGAGGCGGCUACGGCGGUCAAGGCCAUUACCAGCAACCUCAUUACCCUCAACCACAGCAGCCCAUCCAUAGACCACCGUUGUUCUCCGGCGGAGGAGGACAUUUCCAGAAACCACAAAGGCCCAUUAAACCUCAGAGACCGAUCUUAGGAAACUUGUUUGGACAGGGUGGACAUGGAGGUUUAGGACAACACGGAGGUCUUGGAGGUGGUUUAGGACAGCACGGAGGAGGAUUAGGACAGUUUGGAGGAGGAUUGGGACAGCUUGGAGCAGGCUUGGGACAAUACGCUGGAGGAGCUUUAUCGAACGUGGUGCCGUCAGUGACUGGUGCAUUGCAAGAUGCAGCUUCCCAAGCGGGAAACUACUUGAACCGCCCCAAUUUCCAGCCUUUCAGGCCCGGUUUAGGUAAUGGUGGUCCUCUGGGUUUGGGUGCUUUCGAUGGUAGCAUAAUUAACAGCUUUGUCGGCCUCUUCAGGCCCAAUCCUAACAGACCUGUCCCUUCAUCUCCUUCAUCCACCGGUGUCCAGUACUUGGACGAGGUUAACAACAAUAAUGUAAAUAAUAACGAUAACAAUAGCGGAAGCAUCGAUGAAAAACCGGUCCACGAGGAUCCGGACGAAAUCGUCGAAGCUUACAGCAACUCUAAAGCCAAAAAAAUGAUUUCAGCCUUCGGACCGUCGUAUUACGCCCCCUACAACCGCAUAAUUCGAGGGAUUAACAAGGAAUUCAUCCACCUCUUGAGUUGAUUAACAAAUAUUAAUCAUCGUUAUCGCUUCCUAUACUAAAUUGUGAUAAUAUCUGAGAUAAUCAAGAACACGAAAUUUUCAAUUCACUUUUUCAUUUAAUUUAUUUAUUGUCUAAAUUAAUACUUAAA